UCCAAUUCAACUUGAUCACCAACAACAAUCGGCUGGAAAUAACUGAAGAGCUCUCGACAGCUGAAAGCAAAGGGACACAGGAGGGAGGAUGUCGAAGCAGGGUGAGGUCGUAUGCGUCACCGGUGGAAGCGGCUGCAUUGGAUCGUGGCUCGUCCGUCUCCUCCUCCACCGUGAUUACACCGUCCACGCCACCGUCAAGGAUCUCAAGGACGAGGGCGAGACGAAGCAUCUAGAAGCGUUAGUAGAGGGAGCAGAGUCGCGCCUCCGUCUCUUCCAGAUUGACCUCCUCGACUACAACUCCAUACUCGCCGCCGUCAAUGGCUGUUCCGGCGUCUUCCACCUCGCCUCUCCCUGCAUCGUCGAUCAAGUCCACGACCCCGAGAAGGAGCUUCUGGACCCGGCGAUCAAAGGAACGCUCAAUGUUCUGACGGCGGCGAAGCACGCUGGGGCCAGCCGUGUGGUGCUGACGUCAUCCAUUUCCGCAAUCACUCCCAGCCGAAGCUGGCCGUCUGAUAAGGUCAAGGGCGAGGAUUGCUGGACAGACAUUGACUACUGCAAGCAGAAGGGAUUGUGGUAUCCAUUAUCGAAAACGCUGGCGGAGAAAGCUGCGUGGGAAUUUGCCAAGGAGAAGGGGCUGGAUGUGGUUGUGGUGAAUCCGGGCACGGUGAUGGGCCCUGUUAUCUCGCCCAGGCUCAAUGCUAGCAUGUUGAUGCUCCUUCGCCUUCUUGAGGGUUGCACUGAAACAUAUGAGGACUUCUUUAUGGGAUCUGUGCAUUUUAAAGAUGUAGCUCAAGCGCACAUUUUAGUUUAUGAGAACAAAUCAGCAACAGGUAGGCACUUGUGUGUGGAAGCUAUAUCACAUUAUGGUGACUUUGUGGCAAAGGUUGCGGAACUUUACCCUGAGUACAAGGUUCCCAGUUUGCCAAAGGACACCCAACCGGGCUUGCUGAGGGAAAAGAACGGAGCGAAGAAGCUAAUGAACAUGGGUUUAGAAUUCAUUCCCAUGGAUCAAAUUAUCAAGGAUGGUGUUGAGAGCCUAAAGAGCAAGGGAUUUAUUUCAUAAAUAAAACUGCAGGGAUAUGAAACUGAUCAGGGAUCUAGUACUGUGGAAGCAAAAGCAGCAGCAACAGCUCCUCCAUCUUUGGUGUUUGAUAUAAUGCGCCACCUUGGCGGGGACGUUAGCAAAGUGGAUUCCAAUCUUCUCGAGAAAAUCCUACCAGAUUAAAUGUACGGUCGAGCAGUUGAGGUGCGUAGAGAAGAGUACCAGAGGCAGAGAUUUGAGUCCAGUCACCGAUUAAGUUGUGGCGGAAUUUCUACAUGGAGGAGUUCGGUGCUUCAAGGGCUGAUCAGGCGGUCAAAAACACCAAGAAGUCGAAUGCCGCAUUCAAAUGGAAAGAGCUCUACGAGACAAAGCUGGAGGACGUCAACAAGAAAGAAAAGAAGGCAGCUGAGAGGUUGAAGUCGGUAUCAAAUGGAAGCUGCUCGGAAACAAAGCCGGCGAGUUGUUGUUUGCACGGAGGCAGAGGUUCCGUCAUCAUCAAGGACCAGCAAAAGAAGUAGAAGCAGAAGCAGAAACACCUUGGGGUUGGCAGCGAAAAUGUAUCCGUCCG